CCGUGACCCAACACGGCUUCCGUUGGUUGAGCACACACGCCGCUGUUGGUUUGGUGUAAAACACCUUUAUUUAAUGUAGUGAGACUUGUGUGAGGGUGUUUAAAAGCCAACAUAUUGCUGUUAUUUGUGUUAAGAGACACAUCCAGCAAGCUGAGCCAUGGGUAAAAGAUACUACUGCGACUACUGUGACCGCUCCUUCCAGGACAACAUGCACAACAGGAAGAAGCAUCUCAACGGUGUUCAGCACCAGAGGGCUAAAAAGGGAUGGUUUGAUCAUUUUAGAGGCUUUUCUGAUAUUUUAAAGGACGAACAAGCAAAGAAACCCUGCAGGAAGUUUCUCCAAAGAGGGGUUUGUGAUUUUGGGCCAUCUUGCAGGUUUUCUCAUAUGACUGAGGUGGAGCUUAUGAAUUUACAAAGAAAAGUGCAAGAUGAAAGGCGGCACAAGGAGGGCUUAGAGGACCCUGUGAUGCCUGAGCCCACUGCAGAGGAGUGGCUCUCAAGGAGGGAAAAGAGGCAAAGUGGCCUCAUCAGCAAAGGGGAUGCGACCAGUAUAGAAGACCACCAGGAAACACACAGUGAUAUACCUCCACAGCUCUUCUCCAUUCCUGACCUCCCACCCUCGCUGGUGCCUCCCCCUCCAGGCGGCUGGAAAGUCAACAUCAACACGGAAUGGGGUUGAAAAAUCAUCACACUUUUGUGUCAAAUAGUGGACAUUUAUGGUGUUACAAUUCCCAAUAAAAUACAUAGUUUUUCUAUUCCUCAGUCUAUUUAUUUUGCACUCUUCAUCAAUAGAACCCAAAUCAAACACACCAAUUUAGGAUUGAAGCAACAUUUUUGAAAAGAAUUGCCUCCAUAAGUUACUAUUUCGUGAUGCUGCCACAGAAGUGUGAUGAUUAGCAUGGAAUUUGAAAUGGAACUUACCACCAUUUAGGAAAGUGGUGCUCACGUUUGUGUCCCGGCUGCUCAGUACAAUAUGAAUAAUGUGCCAAUAAUACUAAAAAAAUUGAAUGGACACCACAAAAUGAGCUGUGUAUGUGAAGAGACUCACCUCCUAAGCACACGGAGUGAUCUUCCUCUUGAGCAUCUAAAGCAGGGGUGUCCAAACUUUUCCCAGCGAGGGCCACAUCCGGUAAAAUGAAAGGAUACAGGGCCACUUUAAUAUGUUACAUUUGUAAACCAACUCAUUUUUCUAUUUUUGCUGUUCUUGUUUUUCAAGUUUACAAAUAUAUAAUAAUACAUUGUAACUUUUAAAAAUAACAUUGUGACUUUAUCACAUAUUUUGGCUUUAUUCUCGUAAUAUCACACCCCCCCCCAAACCUAAUUUUC